AUGGCUCAAUUACAAAAUGUCUAUUACGAGAGAAAAGCGGCUACACCGAAACAAUGCUAUGUCUGUCGGACACCCACGACGACGGUCUUGUCGACCGUAAAUACGGUCUCGUGGAUUUACGUCUGUCCGAAGCAUCUGGACGAUCCAGGAUUUGCGACUUUGAUCCCACAACCCGAAACGCCAGCGGGCCCAAGUAAAGAAGAUAUAGCCAAAGUCAUCGAGGAACAUCGACAACGAGAAGUUCGACGGACCGAGGAAUCAAAAAACAAGACCGAUGAUGCAGGAAAGGACGAUGAUGCGAAAGCAAAGGAAAAAGGAAUCCCCUCGGAUAAGCCUAAAUCCUCUUCCAAUGAAGCUCCACCUAUUGGGAUCCCUGAUUCCUCAUCCUCAGGCCCAGCUGCGGUCAAACAUCGCCAGUUCGCGCUUCAUCGCGGGAUAUUCAGCAUGUUGGAACGAGAAGCCAAAGGGAGGGAACAGGGUGCCAAGGCGAAAGAAGUUGGCAAAGGGUUACCACACGUGCCGAGGACUCAGUUUUGAGGUGAUAGAAACACGGAGAGCUGAUUGUGUAUACCGAAGAAUUCAGAUUAUCGCGGAGACGACUUGAAAGGGGACCAUGUAAUAGGUUGACGAUACGCCGUAGUGAUGAGGAACGUGUCGUCUUCGGAGUGACGAGAGGUGUGUUGUGGUAACAAGGAUGUUGUAGCAAAGAUAUCGU